UCCUAUUUUACAAUUGACAUAAAAGAAAAAGGGCCUUAAUUGGAAAAAUUAACGAUCUCAGUUGUUAAUAGCAUUUUUCACUAAUAAUCUAUGCUUCACAAAUGCUGACUGGCUGUAAGAGAUACAUCGAUGAAGCGUACCAUUUAAUUAUUUUCUCUUUUUAAGUUGAUAGUUUCAACAUAAUGAAAGUACGUAGAUCAUCGUUACAAAUGAAAUCCAACUUUUUAACGUUAAAAACAAUCCUUUUCAAAAAAAAAAACAAUAAAACAAUUGUGCAUUUGCAAUAAAAAAAAGAACACUGAUUUUAUGAGAUAUGUAUAAUAAAUAAACACUUCAAUUUUGUUAAUGCAACCUUAUUUGAACAAAAAAUACAGAUGCCGCCAAGGAAAGUGCAGACUGGAAAAUAGAGUACAGACUGAAAAGAAAAAGAGUACAGACUGAUAAACCAUAGCAUGCAAUGGCAUGAUGCGACGUGUUAUAUCAGGAGUGUAUAGGUUUACUCGGCGAACUGUACAUUAUUAAACAUAAAAGCUGACCUGGAAAGUCAACACUCUAAUUAAUAAGUGGAUCGUAUAAAUCUAAAUAAUCACGUUUCUUCUGAAAAUCGCGUUUAUUACAGAAAUAAACGACUUUUGAUGUAAACGACUUAUGAUGUAACAGUUUUAUGCCGCGUGUCUAAACAUCGAUAAGGUUCAAAUGUGAACACAUAUUUCACUUUUCCUAGUAUAUAGUAUAUACUAUAUAAAGCCCUCUCUCUCCACUGUUUUUCCAAAUCGUCACAACACUUUAUUGGUUCCUUUUUUUUUGCAUAAACUUUAUUGGUUCCUUUUAACCAGAAACAGGAACACUUUGGAUCAUUUUCAGUUCGACUCCAGGAAAAUGGAUUAUUCAGAAAUUGAUCCCUCUUACGAUCAAAAACCUCCUUAUUUGACAAGAGAUCAAGAGCAUGUGAUCAUGGUCUCUGCUCUGCGACAAGUGAUAUCCAACGUAGGAAGUGACACUACUUCAUCAUCGAACUUCGAAGCUCUUCAACCUUUGGAUGCUGGCCCUUGUUCUCUUUGCGGUAUCACCGGUUGCUACGGUUGCGCAUUCCCACAACACCGAGAGAUAAGUAAGGAGAAGAAGCACAAAGGAGUGAGGAAAAGGCCAUCAGGUAAAUGGUCAGCGGAGAUAUGGGAUCCGAGUGCAAGAGAAAGGAGAUGGCUUGGAACGUUUCCAACAGCCAAAAUGGCGGCCCGGGCUUAUGAUGACGCGGCGGCUGGGCUUGUCAGAAGAAAGGCAUCAAGAGGUGGCACAAGAAAUGGAAAGGAAGCAUACACCAAAACGACGGUGGAAGAUGACUAAUAUUUUUUUUUUGAUUAGUGAUUAUUUAGCUUAGAAAAAUAUGAUAAGCUAAAUAUAAUUAUUGAUAAAAAAACUAUGUUAUACUGUAUUUUAUUAUAUCAAGUUGAAGGUUAUCUUUUAGCA